AUGGCUCUUUACAAGUCACCGGUAACUGCGAUUCAUGAUGCGACAGAUCUGUCGAUCUCGCAGUUCAUGACACAAUAUAAUCCUGAUGACGUAGAUGCGUCGAAGGUGGUUCAUACCGAUACUUUCUCUGAUGAAACCAUUACCUAUGGUUCUCUUCGUAGAGAUGCUGGUCGUGCUGCUUGGGGAUUGCAGACCAAGUUGGGACUGAAGGAAGGAGAUACUCUGUUGGCAUUGGUCAAUAAUUCCAAUGCCUUUGUUCUUCUCGCUCAUGCGACUUGGUGGACGGGUGCUAUCUUUGCACCUCUCAAUACCUCGGCAACAGAGAGCGAUAUUUCGCAUAUCCUUAAGAUCACCAAACCAACUCAUAUUGUGACUAUUGAGGAGAAGCUCAGCACAAUCCAGGCCGCUCUGAAUUCUCAAUCACUUGUGAACCCCAAGGUUCUGACUAUUCGUUGCAAGGUAGACAACCUGCCGCAGUUCCCAGAUGAUAUCAUUGGUCAGACAGACUCUGAGACCAUUCCCCCAUACGAUCUUGCAGGAAAGAACUCCAAGGAUGUACCCAGCACCAUCUGCUUCUCCUCUGGAACAACUGGAAAGAUGAAGGGAGUUCUUUUGUCUCAAUACAACCUUGUCAUGAACAGCAUAAUCAUGCGUGCGUCUAUGCCGGACAGAGUCAACUCAAAUGUCCGAGAAGUUUUCUUUGCGCCUUACUGCCAUUGCUACGGCUUGAGUCUGGCCGUUGUGUCCGGUAUGUGGGUUGGUGCCCAUUAUGCCGGUCUUUCAGCGUUCGAGUUGGAAACCUUUUGCCGUGUGUCAAGUGAGAUGAAGGUCACCGAUCUGCACCUUGUGCCCCCAGUCGCUCUUCUUCUUGCUGCGUCUCCCGUUGCUCAGAAGUACGAUCUGUCCUCGUUGAAGAAUAUUGUUAUUUCCGCGGCUCCAUUGAAGAAAUCUGUCCAGAGCCUGCUCAAGAAACGUCUCCCUCACACUAGUGUUUGCCAGGGCUAUGGACUCACUGAAUGUUCCGGUGGAGUUAUCCACCAGAUUAAUGAGGAUGAAGAAGCCUUCGGAUGCGUUGGCAAGCUCUUCGCAGGAAUUGAGGCGCGUCUCGUCGACCCGAAGACAAACAAGGAUGUUCCCAUUGGCGAGGAAGGUGAACUUUGGCUUCGUGGCCCGCUGGUCAUGAUGGGCUAUGUCAACGAUAGUGAAGCGACAAAGAAGACGUUUACCGAUGGAUGGAUCCGAUCAGGAGAUAUCUUGAAGAUUGAUGAGAAGCAGAAUUUCUGGGUCACCGACCGUCUCAAGGAGAUGAUCAAGUACAAGGGGUUCCAAAUUGCCCCAUCUGAGCUUGAAGAUAUGCUGCUGCGUCACCCAGAUGUUAUCGAUGCGGCCGUCUGCGCGGUUUACGACGAUGCCCAAGCGACCGAGGUUCCCCUCGCCUAUGUCAGCCUCACGCCUGAGAAGGUGAGCCUCGCAGAUGCUGAGAAACAGAAGGUCCUCAACGAGGUCAGGAGCUGGAUGGAUAACCAGCUUGCUGGCUAUAAGAAGCUCAGAGGUGGUGUGUUCCACUUGCAGACCUUGCCCAAAACUCCGACCGGUAAGAUUCUGCGCAGACUUCUUCCUGCAAAGUUGAAUGAGGCGCGAGAGGCAAAGCUUUGA